UUGACUCAUUUAAUUUCCUACUUUCUUUGUAGCCGGAACCCACAGAGGAAGACAUUGAAAAGAAUCCAGAACUGAAGAAGCUACAGAUAUAUGGAGCAGGCCCCAAGAUGAUGGGGCUGGGCCUAAUGGCCAAGGAUAAGACUCUGCGGAAAAAAGAACCACUUUUUUCUCCUACAGAUAAAGAAGGGCCUGAGUGUCCCCCCACUGUGGUGGUAAAGGAGGAAUUAAGUGGGGAUGUCAAGAUGGAAUCAGCCUCACCCAAGACCUUCCUAGAAGGCAAGGAAGAACUGAGUCAUAGCCCUGAGCCCUGCACCAAGAUGACCAUGAGGCUUCGGAGGAACCACAGCAAUGCCCAGUUUAUUGAAUCAUAUGUAUGCCGAAUGUGUUCCCGAGGAGAUGAAGAUGACAAACUCUUACUGUGUGAUGGCUGUGAUGACAAUUACCACAUCUUUUGCCUGCUGCCUCCUUUGCCUGAAAUCCCGAAAGGUGUCUGGAGGUGUCCAAAGUGUGUCAUGGCGGAGUGUAAGCGGCCCCCUGAAGCCUUUGGCUUUGAGCAAGCUACCCGGGAAUACACUCUGCAGAGCUUUGGAGAGAUGGCUGACUCCUUCAAAGCUGACUACUUCAACAUGCCUGUGCAUAUGGUACCCACAGAACUUGUAGAGAAGGAGUUCUGGCGGCUGGUGAAUAGCAUCGAGGAAGAUGUAACUGUGGAAUAUGGGGCUGAUAUCCAUUCCAAAGAAUUUGGCAGCGGUUUCCCUGUCAGUGACAGUAAGCGGCACCUAACCCCAGAGGAGGAGGAGUAUGCUACAAGUGGUUGGAACCUGAAUGUGAUGCCUGUAUUGGAGCAGUCUGUAUUAUGCCACAUCAAUGCAGAUAUAUCUGGCAUGAAGGUACCAUGGCUGUAUGUGGGAAUGGUCUUCUCAGCCUUUUGCUGGCAUAUUGAGGAUCACUGGAGUUACUCUAUUAACUACCUCCACUGGGGUGAGCCAAAAACCUGGUAUGGAGUCCCAUCACUUGCAGCAGAACACUUGGAAGAAGUGAUGAAGAAACUGACACCUGAGCUUUUUGAUAGCCAGCCUGAUCUCCUUCACCAACUUGUCACCCUCAUGAAUCCUAACACACUCAUGUCCCAUGGUGUGCCGGUUGUUCGCACAAACCAGUGUGCAGGAGAAUUCGUCAUCACUUUUCCUCGUGCUUACCACAGUGGUUUCAACCAAGGCUACAACUUUGCUGAGGCAGUCAACUUUUGCACUGCUGACUGGCUGCCUGCUGGGCGCCAAUGCAUUGAGCACUACCGCCGGCUACGAAGAUAUUGUGUCUUUUCUCAUGAGGAGCUCAUUUGCAAGAUGGCUGCCUGCCCUGAGAAGCUGGACCUGAACCUGGCAGCAGCUGUACAUAAGGAGAUGUUCAUUAUGGUGCAAGAGGAGCGGCGUUUACGAAAGGCUCUGUUGGAAAAGGGUAUCACCGAGGCUGAGCGAGAGGCUUUUGAGCUGCUUCCAGAUGAUGAACGCCAGUGCAUAAAGUGCAAGACCACGUGUUUCCUAUCUGCCCUGGCUUGCUAUGACUGCCCAGAUGGCCUUGUCUGCCUUUCUCACAUCAAUGACCUCUGCAAGUGCUCCAGUAGCCGCCAGUACCUUCGGUAUCGGUACACCUUGGAUGAGCUUCCUGCCAUGCUACAUAAACUGAAAGUUCGAGCUGAGUCCUUUGACACCUGGGCUAACAAAGUACGAGUGGCCCUGGAGGUGGAAGAUGGGCGGAAGCGCAGCCUGGAAGAACUGAGAGCACUAGAAUCUGAGGCUCGUGAGCGAAGGUUUCCUAACAGUGAGCUUCUACAGCGACUGAAGAACUGCCUGAGUGAAGCAGAGGCUUGUGUGUCCCGGGCUCUGGGAUUGGUCAGUGGGCAGGAAGCUGGCCCCGACAGGGUGGCUGGUCUACAGAUGACCCUGGCUGAGCUACAGGAUUUUCUGGGCCAGAUGAACAACCUGCCCUGUGCCAUGCGCCAGAUUGGAGAUGUCAAGGGUAUUCUGGAACAGGUGGAAGCCUACCAGGCUGAGGCCCGUGAGGCCCUGGUCUCACAGCCCUCCAGUCCAGGGCUGCUGCAGUCCUUGUUGGAGAGAGGGCAACAGCUGGGUGUGGAGGUACCUGAAGCCCAGCAGCUCCAAAGGCAGGUGGAACAGGCACGGUGGCUGGAUGAGGUAAAACGCACGCUGGCUCCCUCUGCCCGAAGGGGUACCCUGGCCAUCAUGCGGGGACUGUUGGUUGCGGGCGCCAGUGUAGCCCCUAGCCCUGCUGUGGAUAAGGCCCAGGCAGAGCUUCAGGAGCUGCUGACCAUCGCGGAACGCUGGGAAGAGAAAGCCCACCUCUGCUUAGAGGCCAGGCAGAAGCAUCCACCAGCUACACUUGAGGCCAUAAUCCAUGAAGCAGAAAACAUCCCUGUUCAUCUGCCCAAUAUCCAGUCUCUCAAGGAGGCUCUUGCUAAGGCCCGGGCAUGGAUUGCUGAUGUGGAUGAGAUCCAAAAUGGUGACCACUACCCUUGCUUGGAUGACUUGGAGGGCCUUGUAGCUGUGGGUCGGGACCUCCCUGUGGGGCUGGAGGAACUAAGACAGCUAGAGCUACAGGUACUGACAGCACACUCCUGGAGAGAAAAGGCCUCCAAGACCUUCCUCAAGAAGAACUCCUGCUACACAUUAUUGGAGGUGCUCUGCCCGUGUGCAGACGCCGGCUCAGACAGCACCAAACGCAGCCGGUGGAUGGAGAAGGAGCUGGGGUUGUACAAAUCUGACACAGAGUUGUUGGGGCUGUCUGCGCAGGACCUCAGGGACCCAGGCUCUGUGAUCGUGGCCUUCAAAGAGGGGGAGCAGAAGGAGAAAGAAGGGAUCCUGCAGCUUCGUCGUACCAACUCAGCCAAGCCAAGUCCACUGACAUCGUUGACAACAGCCUCUACAGCUUCUAUCUGCGUGUGUGGGCAAGUGCCAGCUGGGGUGGGAGCUCUGCAGUGUGACCUGUGUCAGGACUGGUUCCAUGGGCGCUGUGUGACAGUACCCCGCCUCCUCAGCUCCCAGAGGUCCAGUCUUACCUCAUCCCCACUGCUGGCCUGGUGGGAAUGGGACACCAAAUUCUUGUGCCCUCUGUGUAUGCGCUCACGGCGCCCACGCUUGGAAACCAUCCUGGCACUGCUGGUAGCCCUACAGAGACUGCCUGUACGGCUGCCUGAGGGUGAGGCUCUACAGUGCCUCACAGAGAGAGCCAUCAGCUGGCAAGGCCGUGCCAGACAGGUUUUGGCCUCUGAGGAAGUGACUGCUCUGUUGGGACGGCUGGCUGAACUCCGCCAACGGCUACAGGCUGAAUCCAAGCCUGAGGAAUCCCUGGCUUACUCUUCAGAUGGUGCAGAGGGCACUGGCAAUAUGCCUAAGGUCCAGGGGCUGUUGGAGAAUGGGGACAGUGUGACCAGUCCUGAAAAGGUAGCCACAGAGGAGGGCUCAGGUAAGAGAGAUCUGGAGCUGCUAUCCUCGAUAUUACCACAGUUGUCUGGCCCUGUGUUGGAACUGCCUGAGGCAACCCGAGCCCCACUGGAGGAACUUAUGAUGGAAGGGGAUCUACUUGAGGUGACCCUAGAUGAGAAUCAUAGCAUCUGGCAGCUGCUGCAGGCUGGGCAGCCUCCAGACUUGAAGAGAGUCCAGACACUUCUGGAGCUGGAGAAGGCAGAGCGCCAUGGUAGUCGGACACGAGGCCGAGCCCUAGAGAGGAGACGGCGGAGGAAGGUGGAUCGGGGUGGGGAGCCUGAUGACCCGGCACGAGAGGAGCUAGAGCCAAAGAGGGUACGGAGCUCAGGACCAGAAGCCGAGGAAGUCCAGGAGGAAGAGGAGCUGGAGGAGGAGACUGGGGGUGAGGUCCCUCCUGUACCCUUCCCCAACAGUAGCAGCCCCAGCACCCAGGAGGACCAGGAUGGCUUAGAACCAGUGUUAGAGGCUGGUUCAGACACCUCAACCCCUUUCUCUACUCUGACUUCCCGGCUGUUGAUGUCCUGCCCACAGCAGCCAUCUCUGCAACAAUUGUGACAGUGGCUGAGCCUAGCACAGACCCCAACAAAGAUCCUUCCUUGGCCUCAAGGAUCCUUUCUGA